UUAGAAGCCAAAGGCGGUCCCUUUCUUCUCACCUCCGCCCCUUCUCCACCCUCUCCGCUGUUGCUUGCCGCCGGAGAAUGACCAGCUCCUCCGCCGCUUCCCGCAAGGCUCUGAGCAAGAUCGCGUGCAACAGGCUCCAGAAAGAGCUCGUGGAAUGGGAGGUCAACCCCCCAACGGGAUUCAAACACAAGGUCACCGAUAAUCUCCAGAGAUGGAUCAUCGAAGUGGUCGGUGCACCGGGGACGCUCUAUGAGAGCGAGAAAUACCAGCUUCAGGUUGAUUUUCCCGAGCAUUACCCAAUGGAAGCUCCGCAGGUCAUUUUUCUACACCCUGCACCUCUUCAUCCGCACAUUUACAGCAACGGGCAUAUCUGUUUAGAUAUAUUAUAUGAUUCCUGGUCACCAGCAAUGACCGUUAGUUCUGUCUGCAUUAGCAUUUUAUCCAUGUUGUCAAGCUCAACUGCAAAGCAACGCCCUGCUGAUAAUGAUCGCUAUGUGAAGAACUGCAGGAAUGGGAGGUCUCCGAAGGAGACGAGAUGGUGGUUUCAUGAUGACAAAGUUUGAUUCUGAUGGUGGUGCUUCUGCAGUAUAGUAGUUACCACCAAUCUAACUAAGAGAAGUGUGCUCCAUUUCCCUGUGACACAGGAGUAUUAGGUGAUUCAAAUCAAGGAACUACUGCAGGUUUGCGUGCUUUAAUAUUUGUGAAGGAAUGAAUAGCUGUAUGAACUUGAAAGUACAUCAAGGACCUGUAAGGCCACAAAGAACUCGAUCUGAGAAACACUUGUCAGCCUUGUCAACGAAAAGCUUGUGAAGCUCAGUUUAAUCUCCAAC